CGUAGAAGCGUUCGCACGCAGUUCGUAGUUGGUUUCGAGCAAGGUUUUUGCCAAGCGUGUUUAGUCUCUUUCCGAUUUUUGUUGUGGUUUUUCAAUGUGGUCUCUGGUCGCUGCCGUCGUUAUCCGUACAGUUGCAACCGUGAGCAGCACAGUGAUCGUGUGACCGGAAGAUAAUAGAAGUUAUCGAUUUUCCAGACCCCAUCGGCCCGGCAAGUGCGUGAAAUUGUGCUGGAUGUAACACUUUAAGAAGGUCACAAACAAAGUCAAGUGAUUCAAAACUAGAGGCGUGAUUAGUGUACCUGUGUGGUAGAAGUUGUUUUGUUUGUUUAUUUGGAUAAUUGACUGUGGUGUUGCUGCAAGAAAACAAAGUGCGUAGGCUGAUGCGAGGAAGCAUUUAGCAGCGAACCGGAAGCUGCAGAAGCCGCAAAACAUCUCAUAUAUGCUAAAAUCAUCAGGAAUGACUGUAACUCCGAUACGAAUGGCGAUGACCAGCCCGACGGUUCCCAUGCAACAGAAGAGCACUUCGCGGAUCAGUAACUUUAGUGUGGCGUCGCUGCUGGCAGACACCCGACCCAAGACGCCGUCGAGUGUUACGGCCACAACGGAGAUCCUGCUGCCGGCCAAUCUUUCCCAUGCGAGCAGUUCACCCCGCUCGGCACACGACAGCGGUUCCUUCAAGAAUGAUCUGGACCGAUCCGACACCCCGCACAGUCUGCUAGAAUCGGACGAUUACGAUUCGAACCAGGAGGACUCGAUCGUGGACAUCGAGGAUAUCAACAAUGAAAACAGUAAUUCCCAACCGGGACAUCCGGACAAGGGUUCCCCGGCACUCCUGCAGCAAUCGGCAGCCCUGGCCGCCGCUGGACAUGUUCCUAUCCGACCGACACCCUUCAGUGCCCUGGCGGCGGCCGCAGCGGCCUGGGGAGGAAUGAGCGGUGGAAUGCCUUGGCAGGCGGCAGCAGCCCGACAGAUGGGACCUUUUGGACCGCCCGGUCUGUUUCCUGGACAGGGUUUCGGAUCGGGACAGCUAGGUGGAGAUAACGAACCACCGCGCAUCAAGUGCAACCUGCGGAAGCACAAACCGAACCGGAAACCACGGACUCCCUUCACCACCCAGCAGUUGCUAUCACUGGAGAAAAAGUUCCGCGAGAAGCAAUACCUCAGCAUAGCGGAACGGGCCGAGUUCAGUUCGUCGCUGCGGCUCACCGAGACCCAGGUGAAGAUCUGGUUCCAGAAUCGGCGGGCGAAGGCGAAACGACUCCAGGAAGCCGAACUGGAAAAGAUCAAAAUGGCGGCGCUGGGUCGUGCCCCCGGGGCACAGCUCUACAUGGGCUACUUCCAUCCCAGUUUGAUGGGCGGAGCGAUGCACCUGGGCUGAGGGCCGUACCCGGUCGGUACGCGCUACCCCGACAAAUCCAAACAAAGCAACCAUCCUUUCUGUGAAUAUUAGCACGUAAAGUGGCAGGACGCGCUGCCAGGGGCGUCCGUGUGAGCGAAUGUGUGUGCCCGUGUAAAAAAGUAUCUCCGGAGAACAAAACCAAAUUAUUCACCCCGUUAGAACGAGUACUCCUCGAAUCCUCUAGGAUACAGGCCUCUCUUAUGUAACUGUGACCGUUUGUAAACGUAGAAAAGAAUCAUUUGAUAGCGAAAAACAGGGGUUCUCUCUUAUUUAUUACUGCUACCCUAAGCGAACACAAUUUUCUGUUUGAGUUGAUUCCUUCGUUUCUUCGUCCGCACGGUAUGCCAUGGUAAAAGACAGGGGAGGAGAGGAAAGCAUAGCCUCAACCAGCAAACCAAAACUGAUAUUUACUUUACUCAGAAAAUCGAAAUUCAAAUUAAGACUCCAAACCAAGUUGAGUGCGAAACUGUAAAUAUUAGCCCAAUAAAACAAUAAUGCGUGGUGGUACGAGAAAAUUAAUUUUGGCAAAGCACUCCAACAGUUAGCUUUAGGCACGAGAGAUGGAGAGACGUUUUUUUUUCGGAGUUUGGAGCCAAAGUCAAGUGUAAAUAUUGUCCCAUGACCACGCAAACCACGCGGAAAAGUGAGGUUAUCCGAUGGCUUAAUUGUUGUCAAACACGGCCCCGGUCUCGGGGCAACUGUAAAUAGUUUCAUUUCUGGCGAUGAUCAAGACGUGAUACUCGUCGAAUGAUGAAUACCACCACCACCACCGCCGUCUCCGCCGCCGCCGCCACCACCACCGGUGAAGCGGUAUUUAUCCGUUUUGUAAAUAUAGACUGUAAGUGAGAGGGAAGGCCACAAAAUAUGUAAUUAUAGAAACGGAGUUCGUCAAUCGAACGUGAAGCGAACAAAUGCAAGUAAAAUUAUACGUCUCGUUAGAUAAGGUUAUGAUAAUUAAUAAACUAUUGAAACAAAUUG